GGUUUGUUUUCUCCACCAAUCAAUUAGACCACUUACCUAUAUCUCUAACAAGGUAAUCUUGGAGGGAUUUGUGGGCAAGGGAAAAUCUUCUCUGCUGGCUUUCUUUAAUGGCACAAAUUACAAAGAUGAAAAUUACAAUGAAUUUUUUGGUGCUGCACUUCACACAAUUCACACAGCUUCUAGUCUUCAGUUUGGUGUGAUAACUUCGUCGUCUGUAGCUGGGUUGCUUGGCUUGAAGAGAAUUGGGCAGAUUGGCUUAAUCAAUCCUUUAAAAGUUCAUAAAGUUUACCCACAAGGAUUGAAGUACAAUUCAACUACUCUGAAACAGUGGGCUGAACAAUGGAAAAUUCAGUACGUUCAAGAGUUAGAUCCAGACAUUAUCAAAUCAAAGACAUUUGGCAAGAUGAUAAAGAACCAGCCAUCAGUUAUUCUUUUUAUUCCAUUGGAUGGGAAGGAUGCAAAUGAAAGAAUUUUACACAUGUAUCACCAUGUUGCUAUGAGUUACCACAACUGCUCUUGUUCCGAGCCCGAACCGACACAUUCCGAUGAGUCCCCGACCUCAGCACGUGACGGUUGUCAUGACAAUGCUCACGUCAUAUCCUGUCAAUCACUUCCUGUCAGCUUCAUUCGUGGAAUGCGGAACAGUUGCGACGUUUGUCGUGAGUGUUGCGAAGUGCGUUCUUGCGCGAGAAACUCGUUUCCGUUACGAAACGUUUUCCGUGUUGCGAAGUUUCGCGUUACCACGAAACAGUUGCAGGAGUUUGCGUAAAAAUUCGUACCAGGAAAAGAAUGCUCUGAGCGUGUGUUGCUUCGAUAACAAAGUUCCAAGACUGCAGGAUUUAGUGAACUUUGGAAAGAGCUCAGGUGUGGUCAGCGAAACUGGAUUGAGCAGGGAAGAACAUUUAAAAAUCCUCGCAGAAAGAUUUCAAAUGUUAAACAAGGAUAUAAAAUCUAAUCCUUCUAAGAAUGACCUCGGUGUAUUCAAAAAUCUUCUUGGAAACUUCAUGAAUAUUUUCAAAUCUCCUGGUGAGGAAGAUAAAGGCAAACUUGAUAACAGAUUUACACAAACGUUUGAGAGUAAGUCACCCCCCGGUUUUAAUAAAAGUGAUCAGUACCCUCCUGAAUUUGGUACCUGUGAGUAUCCUGGGAAGAUAAGGGUAUUUGCUGGUGCCAGUUGCUAUAGCAACAUAACUGUCAAGUUUUAUUACAUGAAUUCUCGGAAGUAUUGGAAUUAUGCGGAGGCCUUUGGUGUGAAGUAUCACACUGCGCCACGAGUUGCUUUGGUUAUCGUUGAUAGUCAGAACGAAGCACAGUAUGUUCUCCCAGAGGAAACAACGUUAAACAAUGCUUCUGUUGUUAAUUUUCUUAUGAAUUUUACAAACGGGAUCCUAUCGAGACGGCUACGGUCUGCGCCAGUCCCAAAUCAGCCAUGUUUUACGACCAGCGGUUGUCUCUACGAAGUCGUAUCGAAGACGUUCUCUAAGAUUGUUCUAGAUGAUGAAAAGGAUGUGUUUUUAAUGUAUUAUACUUCUUGGUGUGGCUUUUGCAAGUCUGUUAACCACAUCAUCGUCUCUCUCGUUCAACAUUAUAAACAUUCUGAACACAUCAGAAUUGCCAGAUUGAACGGAGAUUUGAAUGAUCUUCCCUGGCAAUACACAUCGAACUCGUAUCCUAGUUUCAUAUUUUUUCCUGCAAGAAGGAAAGAUCUCUCCGUAAAAUUUCCUGAAAAUCAGGCCCGCACUUUAGAGAAUUUUAUCAAAUUUAUGGAAACGCACAAAACUGGUCACGUGAAAAUACGUCAGAGAUACGUCACUGGAUCAGGUCACAUGAGAGUACAUAGCUUACAGAGAAAUCUUAAUUAUUUAAAAAGACAGAAUACUAAUUUAAGACGGCGUCUAAAUAGCGAAAUUGCUGCGAAAGAAAAUGCAAAAAGACAAGUAGACGCGCUUUUAAGCGAAAGAACGGCGGUUGAGUUGGAUUAUAAUGCUAAACUACGGAAAUUAUCCGUUGAGAAUUCGAAACUUCUGCGCGAAAUUUUACAAGCAAAAAAGCGGCUGAGCAAAUAUCGUAGCAUUGCCCAGAGGACGGUGGAGGAGUUGAAGAGAAGGAACUGGGAACUACACUCAACUAUAGUUAGUUUAGAAGAAGGAAAUUUACUACUUUCUAAAGAAACAACUGAAAAUUAAAAUAUAAAAUUUAUAUAUAGAUAUUCGUCCACUUGUAUUUUUAGGAAACAAACUAAACUAACUUUUUU